AUGAAGAACAAGCUGUGGCUCCAGAUUAUUUCCUUCUUCCUUUUAUUCCAGUACACUACGUGUUGUGAAAACCUCACUUGUUUUGUGGACUAUGUGCAGACCCUGUCCUGUAUCCUGGGAAAUGACUGGGGUGCCAGUUUGUAUAACCUCACUGCAACAUGGGUUCCUGAGGAAGAGCCAGAAAAUACUGUGGCUGCCUGCAGUCUCCUGCAAUUGUCCAGGAACACCAGUCACACCCAGUACGUGUGCACUGUGGACAUGACUGAACUCCUGGCAGAUGUCAAAGUGCAGGUGGAUGUUACAGAUGCUCAUAGGCAGCACGUGAUUUCCAAAGACUUUUAUAUGUCAGAGAACAUCAAACCACAGCCUCCCUUCAACCUGACUGCUGUCUUCUCAGAGGGUUACAAUAUUUCUUGGGAAACCAUCUACCAGAACUCUCCUUUCUACUUUUUGAAUGAGGAGCUGGAAUAUCAGCUGCGCUAUAAGAGAAGGACCGACACCUGGGAGAGUCAGAAGACAAAAGUUGUCCGUGAAGAUAAACGGAUGCUGGUGAUCCUGCCGUGGGAACUCCAGGCGAGCACUGAGUAUCAGUUCCAAGUGAGAGCCAGACCCCGAGAAGACACUGGCUACCGUGGGGUUUGGAGUGAAUGGAGUCCUCCGCUGGCGCUGAAAACCAACCCUGCCGCAGCAACACAGACAGCAGGCGUGGGAUGGCUGCUGCCGUUUGGUGUUGUCGUGGCAAUCACCGCCGCAAUCACAACCUUUCUGGCCAAACAGCGGAGCUUGUGGGAGAAGAUGGCUUGCAUCCCAGACCCUUCAUUCUUUUUCAAAAACCUUUACCUGGAGCAUGAUGGAGAUUUCAAGAAGUGGGUUGGUGCAUCCCAUACGAAAAUAACCUUUGAUCUCUUUGAAUGGGGAAUAGUCCUUCCCGAAGUCCUAGAAGUUUACACCAUGCAUCCUUCCAACAGCACCUCCCAGGAGGAGCUGCGUGAGCUGAGAAAAGAUCUGCCUUGCAAGCCCUGUGUGUCUUGCCUGACUGCCCCAGGUCAGGACAGCCAGUCCCUGCUGUCUAGUGUGAACAGCAGCAGUGGGACUCAGGACCAGUCAUACGGGCACUUGUCCAUGGAUACUGUGACUGUGGCUGAUGAAUUUACACCUUGUACCUGCCAGUGCACCUGUAACCGUGUGUACAGGAGACAUGAGCAUACCAGUGAGGAAGAUGGUAGUGCUGGAGAAACUGGUUACCCCAAGGUUAACAUUGAUAAUGAAGACAGAAGGACAUCCACUGACUUGCAUCUGGCUGACCUGAGCACGCAGGACAAAAUACUUGCUUCAGGCUCUGUGUCCACUGACCGCCUGGGGAGUACAAGUGUCCCAGCCCAUCAGCAAGCAGAAGGGGCUUUGGAAGUGGGAAUGAGGAGCAUUCUAGAAGCCCUUUGCUUGUAUCCUAAUCAGUGGGAUUUGGAAAAUCCAGCUUCUCUACCUUCUCCUGAUGGUGAAAGUGUUUCCUACAGUGAAGGCUCCUGUGACUUCCUCCCUCACAUGGCAAGGCCUGGUGACAAUUACCCUAUGAUCUGCAUAGAUUUGGACACUAUCGACAGUGGCUUUGUGGACUCGGACUGUGGGAGCCCAGUUGACUGUGAAUUUGAGCAAAACAGUCAGAUCAACUGUGGGUCCAUCCCUCUUGAGCAGGAGGGGGAGGACUUUCCACGGAGCUACGUCAAGCAGUGGGUCUCCUGUUGCUCUGACAGCCCAGUCAAUGGGACAUAGACGAACUACGGACUUGAUGUUGCCCUGCAGAGUGUAGGGCCUUUUCUGUACUGUGCCAGGAGCAAAGUGUUAACGAAAUUCUGAAGA